AGAGGAACCCUACUUUCCCAGAAGAACAGACUCCUUCACUAAUGUCCAAUCUCUAAGCAGAGGAAGGACAAAGCUUGGCGUUUUGCUCAGGUGUUUUGGGGGUGGUGGUGGGGGUUAGACAGGCAUCAGUAUCAGUUAGUAGGUCGGGAAACCCAGCCUUGCCAAACAUGCCCUCACAGCCCCUCCGAGAGGCACUGGCAGGGCACUGGGGACAAGAUCCAUGGUUAAGUCAGGGAGCAUCUUCCCCGCUGAAGGUCCCUGCACAGCUUCCUGCUGCAUCAUAGACAUUUGCAGAAUGCCUUAUUUUAUGAGACUCGUUUUGUUCUUGUUUUGCCUGAUGGCUCUUGUGGAGAGCAGAAAGCCCAGGAGGAAGAGAUGGACAGGGCAGCUGGAAACAUCCAAGCCAAGCCACUUGUAUAAAAAGAACCUUGAUGUGACCAAAAUCCGGACAGGAAAACCUCGGCCUCUGCUCAGAGUGGACGACCAUGACUUCACCAUGAGGCCAGCCUUUGGAGGCCCAGCCAUCCCUGUGGGUGUGGACGUGCAAGUGGAGAGCCUGGACAGCAUCUCCGAGGUGGACAUGGACUUCACCAUGACCCUGUACCUGAGGCACUACUGGAGGGACGAGAGGCUGGCCUUCCCCAGCACCAGCAACAAGAGCAUGACCUUUGACGGCAGGCUGGUGAAGAAGAUCUGGGUUCCUGAUGUCUUCUUUGUUCACUCCAAAAGGUCGUUUAUUCAUGACACCACCACUGACAACAUCAUGCUGAGAGUGUUCCCAGAUGGCCAUGUGCUAUACAGCAUGAGGAUCACCGUCACUGCCAUGUGCAACAUGGACUUCAGCCACUUUCCUCUGGACUCCCAGACCUGCUCCCUGGAGCUGGAGAGCUAUGCCUACACCGACGAGGACCUCAUGCUGUACUGGAAGAACGGGGACGCGUCCCUGAAAACGGACGAGAAGAUCUCCUUGUCCCAGUUUCUGAUUCAGAAAUUUCACACGACCUCCAGACUGGCCUUCUACAGCAGCACCGGCUGGUACAACCGUCUCUACAUCAACUUCACUUUGCAUCGUCACAUCUUCUUCUUCUUGCUCCAAACCUAUUUCCCUGCCACCCUGAUGGUCAUGCUGUCCUGGGUGUCCUUCUGGAUCGACCACAGAGCUGUGCCCGCCAGAGUUUCACUGGGCAUCAUGACGGUGCUGACCAUGUCCACCAUCAUCACGGGCGUGAACGCUUCCAUGCCCCGAGUGUCCUACAUCCGGGCCGUGGACAUCUACCUCUGGGUCAGCUUCGUGUUUGUGUUCCUGUCCGUGCUGGAGUACGCAGCUGUCAACUACCUGACCACAGCCCAGGAGCAGAAGGAAAGGAAGUUUCGAGAGAAGUUUCCAUGCAUGUGUGGAAUGCUUCACUCGAGAACCAUGAUGCUGGAUGGAAGCUACAGUGAAUCUGAGGCUAAUAGCCUGGCUGGCUACCCAAGAAGCCAUAUUCUACCAGAAGAAGAAAGGCAAGACAAAAUAGUGGUUCAUUUGGCUCUCAACAGUGGAUUGACAUCCUCCAGAAAGAAAGGCUUUCUCAAAGGCCAAGUGGGGCUCUACAUCUUCCAGAAUACCCACGCCAUCGACAAAUACUCCAGGCUCAUAUUUCCAGCCUCAUAUAUAUUUUUCAACCUUAUUUAUUGGUCAGUGUUUUCCUAGGGAUUCCAAGGCUGUUCUAGGAAAGGGCAUGGACAUUCCUUGAUGGAUAUAUGGACUCAGUGAUUACACUUCCUACACCAGCCAAGUAGCUCUUCCUGGCUUGAAGGAGCCGGGGACCUCCAGAUGCCCUCACCUCGUCUUCAUGGGUCUUUUCCUAGUUCAUGCUAUUCCACGUCACACUUUUGACCUCUCAGAAAAGACUCAAAUGCCUCCAGAUGUCCUGAGAUGCUCAGUAUGGGAAGAAAGAGAAUGAAUGACAAGCCAAGGGGGCAUUCUGGGUAAGAAACCGGAUGCAAAAAUCUGUGAAUUUACCCAGUUGGAUUAAGUGCCUACAUGGGAAGGAAAAAACCUCCCAGAACGGAGACAGGAGGUGAUCUGGCCUACACGAAACUGGCAACUGACAUGAUCUUAUAAAUGCUAGGAGAUUAUUCUUUUCCCUAUUCAUUCAAUCAUUCAUUAAACACUCAGUCCCCCACCCUGUGUCUAGAACUGUGGAAAUGAGCGAGUAGUCUUUCCCUUUCUUGAGCUUCUCUAAGCUAUGCCCACUCUACACACACAAUGUAUUUCUGCUUCUGCCUCACACAUCCGCAGACCCUUCCUGUUUCCUGGUGUCUUUACUCUAUGUAAGAAAGCAUUUCCAGGCUCUCGCGAGACUGGGAAGCCCGCUCAGUGUUUCUCCCGGAGACAUUGUUGUGCCCAAUUCGUGAGAUCCCCAAAGGACCUCCACGAGGAUCCUAUCCACAGCUCGAACUGGACUCUCACAGACACCAAGGCAUUGGCAUCCAGCUGAGAGCCCGGAGCUGAGCUCUGGACUGUGGGUGAUUUGUAGGUCCCAGUCCCUCCAACACGCCCAAAGCAGAGGAGU